AUGAAACUAACUAAAGUGUGAUUUAGCAUGAGCAUAGUAACAUCAGUAAUUCCAUGCUGGAAUCCCCCUGUAAUGCAGUUUUAGUAGUGUCUCAUAUAAUGCUCAUGUAUGAUCAUGACUAGGAAAGUAGCACUUUCAAGUCACUUUAACUUAUGUCAAGUCUAGUACAAUAUGUGGACUCUUGCUUUUUGUGAACAGGAUGAACAGAUUACUCCAAAGAAAGAAAAAAAUCCCUUGCUGCUGCCAACUGCUAUUAAGAGCUGCAUAAUACAUGAGACUGGAAAAGCAAGAAGUAAAUGAAAUACUACCAUACUGGGCUAUGUAAUGUCAGUCUAGUCAAUUUUAAGGCAGCUCAAAUGCUGGUGAUACUUCAGCAAUGCCACCCUGUGAGGGCUUCAUUAGCAGAGGAAAAUCUCAAGUGCAGAACUGUUAUCAACGCAGAGGAAUGGCAUAAAGCUUUAAGUCAGCAGAGGGACUGGAUGCCAUUAGCUACUUGUCUUGGGUUUCAAUAUGUAACCAAAAAUGAAUUCUAUUUCCCAUCUGUUGAAACUGGUUGGGGAGGUAUUUUUUCUCGUGUAUAACCCAUUCCUCAGAACUCCAGGGAGAAGGAGGUAGCUGCCUUCUGUUAAUGGGCCAGCUGUUAAAAGCAGGUGGGGCAAUGUUCCUUAUCUCUGCCAUCCUCCAUCCUCAUCACCCAUCCUCCCUGCAGGGGGAUAUCUGCUGUUAAUGGGCCAUUAAGGCUCACCACAUGACUGAUAACAGUACAUCAUCCCAUUGUGAGAUGCUCCACCCAGUGGGAGUGGCCAACCAUUCUUAUCUAGAUAAAAAAGCAGAGUCAGAAACACCAGGACAGGCUGUUUUCCAAAGGAUUCCCAGAACAAAGACUGGACCCUCCUUGUCACCACUGGACCCUGCUACAGGAUCAUCUCUGCUCUAACAGAACCACAUCUGUUACUCCAGGAGGACUUCUGUGGACUGCUACCAACACCCUGACCAACAGGGUAUCAGGUCGUAUUCUGACUCUUGUUGGGUUUUCUAGGAUUUUUGUUUGAUUACUUGCUUGUAUUUUUUUCCAGCUUUCCCUGACAGACGCCUGUCUUUCCAAACCAACACAGAUUUUGGCUCCCAACAGCGGGGCUGAGAGGGCAGAGCGGGGUGGGCUCGGAGUGGCGAGCGGGGCAGAGCAGCAGUCGCCAUGGCCAACUGCACAGUGAAGGAUGCGCGCAGCAUCCACAGCACCAACCCGCAGUACCUGGUGGAGAAGAUUAUCCGCACGCGCAUCUACGAGUCCAGGUACUGGAAGGAGGAGUGCUUCGGCCUCACGGCCGAGCUGGUGGUGGACAAGGCCAUGGAACUGAAGUAUGUGGGGGGCAUCUAUGGAGGGAACAUCAAACCCACGCCCUUCUUGUGCCUGACGCUGAAGAUGCUGCAGAUCCAGCCCGAGAAGGACAUCAUCGUGGAGUUCAUAAAAAACAAAGACUUCAAGUAUGUCCGAAUGCUUGGAGCACUGUACAUGAGACUGACAGGCACUGCCAUCGACUGCUACAAGUACCUGGAACCGCUGUACAACGACUAUCGGAAAAUUAAAAGUCAGAAGAGAAAUGGGGAAUUUGAGCUGAUGCAUGUGGAUGAAUUUAUUGAUGAGCUACUCCACCAGGAACGUGUUUGUGACAUCAUCCUGCCUCGACUUCAGAAACGGUGUGUUCUGGAGGAGGCUGAGCAACUUGAACCUCGCGAUAGUGCUCUGGAAGAAGACACGGAUGAUGUAGAAUCUAGUGAGGAGGAGGAGGAAGAAGAAGAUGAAAAGCUGGAAUGGAUCCCAUCUUCUGACCACGGCAGAAGGGGCUACCGGGACAUGGAUAAGCUGUGCACAUCUCCAGUGGUGUGGUACCAGUGGAGCCGGAGCAGGUCCCCAAGGAGGCGCAGCCACUCUCCGAAGAGAAGAAGCCCAUCACCGUGCCAGAAGCGGCAUCGCAGCAGAAGCCCGAGAUGGCACCAAAGCACAUCCCGGGACAGGCGGCACAGAUCGAGAUCCAAACCUCGAGGGCAUCACCGUAGUCACAGACACAGAAGUCAUUCCAAAUCACCUGAAAGAUCUAAGAAAAGUCACAAAAAGAGUCGGCGAGGGAAUGAGUAACAAACAAAACACAGCUACCAUGGAACGAUCCAGGCUGCACCGGAGAAGGAUGAGGCUCUGCAACAUCUACAGUACAUUGAUGACAUCAUUGUGUGGGGGAAUGUGGCAAUGGAAGCGUUUGAGAGAGGACAGAAGAUCAUCCAGAUCCUCCUGGAAGCUGCCUUCACCAUCAAGAAGGGCAAAGUCAAGGGACCUGCACAAGAGAUCCAGUUCCUGGGGGUAAAAUGGCAGGAUGGAUGGCGUCAGAUUCCCCCUGAGGUGUUGCAGUAUGUUUUUAGGUCAUAUUUAUCCAUAUUUUCAUUUUACGGUUUAACCCAGCACACCCCUGUUUUUCCCCAGUUUUUGGUCCAACCCAGGUGUUGCAACCCUUCCCUUGCCUAAUUUAUUAGCAUAUACCCAUGUUAUUUCCCCUAAUUCCCCUCUCAUGCUCUGCCGUCAUUGGGAUGUCACCCUGACCCCUACCCCUUCUGCCUUCUGCAUGCAUAAAAGCGCUCUGCGCAUGGGCAAUAGGGUCUUGGAUUCAACCAUGCAUUGAAUAAACCACCUCUGUUCAACCCCAAGAACCAUGCUGCAGUUCCAUCUGUCCCUGCGUCGAAAGCGUCGAUAACUGGGCCUGCAGAGCUCGCAAGGGGGUGUGUCACACAACGUUCAGUGCCUCCUCACCCACCUGAAGCACCCCUGGGGUACGGAGGUACCCCAGUGAAAUGCUUCACUGAGGUCAUCAAUGAGGUUACUACAAUGUCUCCACCUACCAGAAAGAGGGAAACACAAGUUUUCCUAUGUGCCAUAGGUUUUUGGAGAAUGCACAUUCCUGAGUACAGCCAGAUUGUGAGCCCUCUCUGCCUGGUUAUCCACAAGAAGAACAAUGUCCACUGGGGCCCUGAACAGCAGCAAGCCUUUGCCCAGAUCAAGCAGGAAAUUGCUCAUGUGGUAGCCCUUGGCCCAGUCAGAACGGGACCAGAGGUGAGUGUUGGUGGUUAGAUUUAUUUCUUUUUUACAAGUUGCUAGGAAACUAACUCCUGGGUACUUGUAGGUACUUAAGCAGAACAAAGGGCCCAGAGGGGAAAAGUUAUAGCACCUGGCUACACUUUUUUGGGUCCUUGGGCGUUUCUCAAGGUGGUGGGGGCAGGGAGAUAAUGCAAGGUUUGGGGGCAGGUAAAGGACAGGGCUAGGGGCAGCUUCACUCUCUUGCUCUGGGCAUGGGAGGGAGAACGGCCAGGCUGCUGCUUGCUCCAGGAGGAGUUCGCUCUUACCACCCCGUCCAGUCCUGGAAAAUUGACCACCAUCUGCUUGUGUGCCCCGGAACUCUGAGCUUUUCUCCUCCUGCCCUGCUGGGCUGGCCCUAUCCCGCUGCCACCGUUUCUUCGGCGCUGCUCUGAGGCUUUCUACUGCUCUGUGGCCCUGCCCUGCCCAGCUCUGCAAGACAUCCCUGCUGCUCCAGCUACCACCAACAGAGCUUCUGAUAUAUCUCAUCCACCAGCCUGGGAUUUUCCACCGCUCCAGCUUGGUGCUCUCAGGGUUCCAAGAGAUCAGACUGCCCCAGGCUUUGUGAAACCAAAGACCCUCAAGU